GGGGAACCGUUGGCUCCCCCGCCCCGCACUCCGUCCGGGCCAGCCAGUCUAGUGCUGUUUGUGGGAAGAAGCUCGCGCGCCUGGUGGGCGGCUUCCCGAUCCGGGGUGCGGAGAAUUUGGGAAGUGUGGAAAACAAACAGCAACUGUGUCCGUUUCUGAAGGAUCGCCAGCUUGGCACCUCACCAUGAAGAACCAGGACAAAAAGAACGGGGCUGCCAAGCAGGCGGGCAGCACCUCCAACUCCAAAAGCAACCCCGGGCCGCCGGAAGCGGGACCAGAGGGAGACCAGCGGCGGCCCGGCCCGGCGGCUCCUGCAACCGACGCCGAAGGUUCCAGCCGCCAGGCCCCCGGGAAGCCUGAGGGGGCUCCAGCCAAAACUGCUCAGUCUGGGGCCCUCCAAGACGUGUCCGAGGAGCUGAGCCGCCAGUUGGAAGACAUCUUGAGCACUUACUGUGUGGACAACAAUCAGGGGGGCCCAGGUGAGGAUGGGGCACAGGGUGAGCCCGCCGAGCCCGAAGAUGCAGAGAAGUCUCGGAGCUACGCUGCCAGGAACGGGGAGCCUGAGCCGGGGACCCCACUAGUCAAUGGUGAGAAGGAGAGCUCCAAGGGAGAGCCAGGUACAGAGGAGAUCCGGGCACGUGACGAGGGCAGAGACCGAGACCACCGGAGGCCACAGGAAAAGAAGAAAGCCAAGGGGCUGGGGAAGGAGAUCACGCUGCUGAUGCAGACCCUGAACACGCUGAGUACUCCAGAGGAGAAGCUGGCAGCACUGUGCAAGAAGUAUGCUGAACUGGACUCUGACGGGCUAAGCUGGACCUGUGGAGGAGGGCAAGGCCUGAGAGCUAAGCAGUCAAAGGCUGGUCUGUUACAGAAAUGCCCGGGGAUGGUAAUAGAGCAGCUGGAGGAGCACAGGAACUCUCAGAAGCAGAUGAAGCUCCUGCAGAAGAAGCAGAGCCAGCUGGUACAGGAGAAGGACCACCUGCGAGGUGAACAUAGCAAGGCCAUCCUUGCCCGCAGCAAGCUGGAGAGCUUGUGCCGAGAGCUGCAGCGACACAACCGCUCCCUCAAGGAAGAAGGUGUGCAACGGGCCCGAGAAGAGGAGGAGAAGCGCAAGGAGGUGACGUCGCAUUUCCAGGUGACACUGAAUGACAUCCAGCUGCAGAUGGAACAACACAAUGAGCGCAACUCCAAGCUGCGCCAGGAGAACACGGAGCUGGCCGAGCGGCUGAAGAAGCUCAUAGAGCAGUAUGAGCUUCGGGAGGAGCACAUCGACAAAGUCUUCAAACACAAGGACCUGCAGCAGCAGCUGGUAGAUGCCAAGCUCCAGCAGGCCCAGGAGAUGCUGAAGGAGGCCGAGGAGCGGCACCAGCGGGAAAAGGACUUUCUCCUCAAGGAGGCGGUGGAGUCGCAGAAGAUGUGUGAGCUGAUGAAGCAGCAGGAGACCCACCUGAAGCAGCAGCUCGCUUUGUACACUGAGAAGUUUGAGGAGUUCCAGAACACGCUUUCCAAAAGCAGCGAGGUGUUCACCACGUUCAAGCAGGAGAUGGAGAAGAUGACAAAGAAGAUCAAGAAGCUGGAGAAAGAGACCACCAUGUACCGGUCCCGGUGGGAGAGCAGCAACAAAGCCCUGCUUGAGAUGGCUGAGGAGAAAACUCUUCGGGACAAGGAGAUAGAGGGCCUGCAGUUGAAGAUCCAGCGCCUGGAGAAGCUGUGCCGGGCGCUGCAGACAGAGCGCAACGACCUGAGCAAGAGGGUACAGGACCUUACUGCGGGUGGCCAGAGCCCCCACGGGGACAGCAGCUCCGAACCGAGGCCAGACACUGCCACUGCCCCCCAGGGGCAAAGUGGCGAGGGGCUCGUGGCCCAUGCACCCAGCUCCCCAAGAGCCACAGAAGCUGCGUGCAGCCCUGAAGCACUGAGCACAGAGGCGUCAGGCUCAGCAGGGCCCUGGGAGCCCAGCCCCACCACCACCUAGAGCCUGGCAUUCUGGGUGUACUGGGGUGGGGGCAGGUGGCUGGGCCUGGCCCACACAAGCUCUCACCAUGAAGCCGGCCACUGCUCAGCCAGGGGGCUCUUGCCUGGCUGGCCUUGAGCACUUGGCCGUUUGGACUUGUGGGUCACUCUUAUAUGUACAUGGCAUGUGCCAGCCUCGUGCAUUUCUCUCGGGAAGGGUGCAGCAGGCUUGCAUCGGGAGUGGACUGCCUAGAUGAGAUCAGCGGCUCCUCUUGGAGCUGCCGGAGCAGAAGAGGAGCUGCUGCCUGUGGCUGCCUUCACCUGAGCUGGCAGGACUGGUGACUUGAGCGUGUCUUCUGCUGUUUGAGACUCAGGCCACGCCACGCCCACCCUCUGGAGCUUGUGACGAUGACAUGCCCAGACUGCUGGGACUGCCUGGCUGGGGAACUGGAAAUGCUUUUUCUCCUCUGGACCUGGGAGAGUGGUUGGUCCCCAGGUGGGCACACGGAGCUACAGCCAGCACAAGGGACCCAGAGAGUUUCAGGUAGGGGUGGUGGUAUUGGUAGGUCCUGUGGGCACUGCUGCCCCACCCUCUGGUGGUGCCAGGACCAGGCCAAUGAUGCUUCUCAGUCGCCUUAUUCACAGGUGCCUCUUUAGCCCUUCACAAAUGAUUGACAAGAGAUCACCCAAAGGAUUCUUUCUGAAGGUUUUUUGCACAUGACAGAAUUUGUAUGGAGGGGCUGCCGAGGAGGGCUGGGCCCGGCCCCAGUGUCUCACUUCCCAGGCCAAGUUGAGGCCGAGGCUUCCUGUUGGGUCAGACCAGAGGCUUUGUGGUCUAAGAAAAGAAAGGGCUUCUUCUGAUAGCUGGCCACAAGCUUGCCUAAAUCCUGAGAGACCUGGGUCCACCCCUUCCUCUGAGCAGCGCUUGCUGGGCACCAGGCUCUCGGUGGGUCCCUCUUUACUUCCUGCCCCCCACUCUACCAUGGGCUAUCAGCCCUUCAUCUUCCCUGUCCUAUUUGUGGGUAACUCUGUGCCCAAGGAAUAAAUACUGAGGCAUGUCUUCCAUGGGGUUCCACACGCUGGUGUGGGAGUCAUAGACCCAACCCCCAGGGAGGAGGGGGAAUGAGGCUCCACACGGAGCCUCAGAACCUCCCAGAGAGUUGGAGACACUUGUCACUAUACUCUUGACAGUUCUGCUGGUUACAAACUUGCCAAAGUAUUAGCCAGGUUUCUGGUCUCUACUGAGCAGUCUUAUGAACAAGCAAGUCUUGGACCCGUUGCCCCACCCCCACCGGGCCUCAUUCAGGCAUCUCCCAGACACAGGAAGGAGGUUGGCUGGAUUUCUGCUACUCCCCAGCUCCAUUGAAGCCAGUCUGCCGUCCACAUCAGCCACACCUGGCCCACUCACAACUUUAACUCAUUUAAGGAGGAACAUUGAGUUUCUCAGGAUAGUAUUAUAACUUGGACCAGACUGAGAGGAUACCAGUUGUCCUGCCCUUGAGUGUUGCCUACUGAUCCCCGUGGGUCAGCCGGUGCAGCCAGAAGCCAGGGUGUGUCGAGAAACCCACCUGCCAUUCCUCACUGAGAUACUGCCCUCCUGUGGACAAGGAUUCCUAAGAUUGUUCCCUUCCCUCAGAAAUCCAUGUUUUAAGUUAUCCCUGAUUCAGCCUCUUCCUGUUCUAGCCCCUGAGGGGCAAGAACUGCCUUCCUCACAUGGGUUCCAGGGGCUGGGGAAGUAGACAGAAGCACCCAGCUGCCCCUUGAGAAACGCAGAAAUGCCUGAGGGCCCAUAUAAUUCAUUGCCUGCCUGAUUUAAGCUACCUCUUUGAAGCCCAGGGUUUGGGUUGUCUGACCCAGUGUGGUUGGACAGUCCUCUGAGACCAGGCCUGGCUGCUGUGGAGCCAGCCACAGCGGAUAGGCAGGCUUCCAGGUCUAGUGUGUGGGUCCCACGCAAGCAUCUCUGCUCUCAGCACUAGCCACAGAUUUCUAGGCCUCCAGCCAUCAGUGAGAGGCGCCCCUCUCUCUUCCUCUCCAUUGACCAAAUCUCACCAGUCACUAUGGCUGCUCCACAUGCUCCGCUUUCCAAGGGUGGUCUUGGGCCGGAUGCAAGGGGUGACCUCCAAGGACCAGGGGCUUCCUUACUGAGCAGUACAUAACUGCGUGUGUCCUCUUUUGGGACCAAGAGCCAAUCUGCAUAGGGUUCUUCAUCAGUUUUUCUCCAAAGGACCAUAGCAGCCAAGGCCUCUUGUCAGGACCUUGCCCGCAGGCGCCCUGUGCAGCAGAAUCUGAGGUGUCAGCAGCACUUACAUCUUCCAUGAGGUUUUGGGUCUUGGGCUCAGGCACUUUGUGUACAAGAAUAUUAUUUCUGUAAGAUGGUUACUUCCCUCCACUUCUCUUGCGGGCUGACCACAGGCCAGUGGGCUGCCCUAGUGUCUAGUCUGGGGCUGCUGAUCUGGCCCUUCAGCUGCUGUUCCAGCCCGCCUGCCUUGCACAGCACAGAGGUGGCCAUGCAGGGACAGCCAGCCACCUGCCUGCUCCUGGGGAGCUGCCCUUUGCCCAUAACUCAUGUCCUCACCUUGCUACCCAGACUUGUUUGAAACUGAAGACAGCUUUUUUUCCCCUCCUCUUCCUUCCUUGCCUUUUGGUAUUCACAACAGCCAGAGGUUUGAUUUUGAUGUACUUUAAACCACAUUAAAUAGUCUGUUGCCUUACUCA